UUUGAGAGAAACAACAGGCUUUGGUUUGAAGAGAAGCCUGAAAGUGAAACCCUUCUUAUCGGUGAUCUGUGCUUAUAUAUUUCAACGUCUUCCACCACUUUAACAUUCAUGUCCUGUGUUUAGCAGCAUUCUAAUCAAACAAAAACCUAAACCAAAAUGGAUUUCGAGAUCUCCAGACCCGAAGCAGAGACUGACAAGUCGAGCCGCAGACACGUGCAAGACAAGGACUGUGACCCAGUUCAUGGUGUCUCAAGCCAACUCCAGUUGAAGUCAUCCUUGUCUUCCAAAGCAUCAACACAGACCCUUAACAAACAAGAAGUUCUUCAUCGCAUUCGACACCGCAAGUCCCUAAACAGAAUCAAAGGCGCUUUUGAUGGUCUUUUCGGCAGCUCCAAAGGCAACACACCUUCAGCUCAAGAACAGAUUUGGCUCCAACAAUAUGAUGUAUUCUCUGCUCCUUGAAAUACAUGCAACUCAUCACAGCUGAGACAUUCCCUUAUAUUGAAUGUGGAAGUACUAAACUACGGUAUAUUAUCAUUAGUCAAAUUACUAGAUUUGAACGUUGAAGAAAUGAUUGUGCCACGGUAAAUUAACAAGAUUUAAUUUGUAGCUCAAACCACGAUCAAUAUAGAUCAGAUGUUAGGCAGAACUUCUACUCAAAAACACAACUUUACGUGUGCCUUUUUCUUUAUCCUUGUUGUCCUUGAGACAGAAACUUCAACCAAUUUAUGUUGUGUUUGAGUUCCAUUUUCAAUUACUUUAUUUAGCUUUUGAAAUUUAUAAACAUAAA